AGGUUUGAAACAAGGCCUCGCUUACUCAAGUCUUGGUGCCUGUUGGACUAUACCGGGUAAAGGGACAGACUGUUGGGGUGCUUGAACCAGACUAGCCCGCGAAAGAGCGGGCUAUCUGGGACCAGGCUGAGAAAGUCCCUUUGAACCUGAACAGGGUAAUGCCUGCGCAGGGAGUGUGCAUGUUUUUUUCUUUUCUGUAGCUUUCUAAAGAUGAAGAAGCUUCUACUGUUGCCGCUCUCCUGCUUCUAAGUCCACGGUUUCCAACAGUAUGAUUCUCACGAGCUAUGAGAUUUAGCUAAAUUGGUAAAUUGGCAUACAACCACUUAAAAACUGAUGCACUAUAAACUGAAGAAUGAUUCAAACAAAAGUUCAUUCAGAUUAGUAAGAAAUGCUUUUGCACCUUUGGGGCAUAAGCUAAAAUCCAAAUCUGCUCUUUAAUUUGUUUUACAGCUCCACAACACAAAUCUGGUUUUUAAAACUUAUAUUCGUUUGUUUACUUAAAUGGGCAUGACAAUGAAAUUGGGAUGAUCACUUUGAGGAAAACAUUUUGGGCAAAGAAAUGCACCUUUGUCAUUUUAUUGCAUACCGCAGAGUAGUGGAAUGGAAUUGAGCAGAACAAGCAGAUGUAAAGAAAGUGAAGCUCAAUCAGCUACACAUGAAGAUGAUCCACUGUGGUUGUCAUUGUUCAGCUUCUAUAAACACAAAUCUGAAAACGUGUACACAUCAAUAUGUGAAAGAUUAUGUUAUAUUGCAGUAGAAGAUAAGUAAUACUAACUUACCAAAUGCAAAAGAAAGUUUUGGAGCCACGAGGAUAAAAAGUUUACACAUUCUGUAUUGUUUUCCUGCUGUAUGAGAUCACACAACUGUCAAGAACCUAAAACUCUAAAAUACCAAUAUAUAGACACGUUACGUUGUGUCUUUUAAAUGGUUUGAAGACUUUAUCAUCUACUAGCUUCUGUAUUUGACAGCCUAUUUGUUUUAUAUGGUUGAUGUUUCUGCUAAAAUGUACACGGGAUCAUGAGAGACAUGAUGUUUAUAUCCAUAUCAUGUAUCUGUAUUGUUGGGGGCUUGUGAGCCUCUUCUUGCACCAUUAUAGUUUGAUUUGUCACUGACCGGAUCAGAUCAAACAGUUGAUAACCUCAUGUAUGAUCAUACAUCAUCCAUGGAUUGGAGUUUAGGGUCUGAUAUUGGUUCUUUUACUCAGUAGUUUGUAUUUUGAUACAACUGGAAAGGCACAGAGAGAUAGAGACGGCACACUGUUUCUUUUUGGAAAUCCAGGACAUUGUGAUGUUUCUCGUAGACUCGUAGUAUAUUGACUAGUAGAUAGAAAACAGCAUGUAUGUUAUAAUUAUAUUUCCAAAACGGCUCACAGUUUGGCAUUCAUUCAACUCACAACACUGUCGUCUUCAUCUGAGGCUCUGAAGCCUUGCCGUGUCGGUUGCUCGAAAUAAUCCAACCCCUUGCUUAGUUUCCCUCAGUGAUCGAAACCCUAAAUUUUCUCCACUGGACGGUUACCGAACAUGGCGGAAUCCGAAUCUCAGAUCUAUCACGAACGACAACGAUUGCAAUUUUGCCUUUUGCACUCCCUCAACAAUCUAUUUCAGGAAAAAGACGCAUUCACGCGAGAAAACUUGAACUCAAUAGCAGAGAAGCUCGUGGACGAUGAUCCAAACAAAGAAACAUGGACACCUCUCUCUUUACUCCUCAAGCCUCAUCACAAUACACUCACUGGUAACUACGACGUAAACGUGAUGAUUACAGCUCUUGAAGGCAAAGGCAAGAGUGUUGUUUGGCAUGAUAAGCGUAGUGGAGCUUCUUCCAUUGAUCUUAAUGAUGCAGAUGCUUUAAUGGGUAUUGUGUUGAAUGUUCCGGUUAAGCGAUAUGGUGGUCUGUGGAAAAGUAGACAUUGGGUUGUGGUUAGAAGAAUCAAUGGGGUUUGGUAUAAUUUGGAUAGUGAUCUCGUCGUGCCACAGAUGUUCAAAGAUGAAGAUGAAGUAAGAGGGUUCUUGGAUCAAAAUCUGAGUUUAGGUGGAGAGGUUUUGCUAGUGAACAACAAUGCUUAAAGAUCAACAACCCUCAAGUCUCAAGUAAGGUAUCUGCAAUUUAUAAAGGAACAAAACGGUUCAAUGCAAACACUAGACCAGUAACUCCUGGUAAGCAAUCCUCAGUAAAGGGACCAUAUGGUAAGAAUCCGAG